UCGCUCACGCUCGGGGCUGCGGGAGACACGCCUACGCCAACACGGUGGCACUUUUGUGGGGCGCGACCGUUCUCUUCGAGUUUUGGCCGGGGCGGGGGUCUGGGCUUUAGGCACGACCCUCCUUCGGCUCUCCAGCUUCGGGCCCGCGCACAGAGCUGCUGCAAACGUCAAUUUGUUCCACUGACUCCUUUCCAGUGCCGCGAUCUGGCCCGAGCGUUUAGUUUCACAAUGUUUGGGGACCUAUUUGAAGAGGAUUGUUCCAGUGUGUCAAAUAAUCAGUACGGAAAAAGGAAGAAAUUAAAGACCAAAGCAUUGGAGCCCCCCGCUCCUAGAGAAUUCACCAAUUUAAGCGGAAUCAGAAAUCAGGGUGGAACUUGUUACCUCAAUUCCCUCCUUCAGACUCUUCAUUUCACACCUGAAUUCAGAGAAGCUUUAUUUUCUCUUGGCCCAGAAGAGCUUGGUUCUUUAGAGGAAAAGGAUAAUCCUGAUGCAAAGGUGCGCAUCAUACCGCUGCAGCUGCAGCGCCUGUUUGCCCAGCUCCUGCUCUUGGACCAGGAGGCCGCCUCCACGGAGGACCUCACGGACAGCUUCGGGUGGACCAGCCACGAGGAAAUGAGGCAACAUGAUGUGCAGGAACUGAAUCGGAUUCUCUUUAGCGCUUUGGAAAGUUCUUUAGUCGGGACCUCCGGCCACGACCUCAUCAAUCGCCUCUAUCACGGAACCAUUGUUAACCAGAUUGUCUGUAAAGAAUGUAAGAAUGUCAGUGAAAAGCAGGAAGACUUCUUAGACCUCACAGUAGCAGUCAAGAACGUGUCGGGUUUGGAAGACGCGCUCUGGAACAUGUAUGUGGAAGAGGAGGUGUUCGACUCCAACAACCUGUACCACUGCGGAGCUUGUGACAGGCUGGUGGGCGCAGCGAAGUCGGCCAAAUUACGUAAGCUGCCUCCCUUUCUUACUGUUUCAUUAUUAAGAUUUAAUUUCGAUUUUGUGAAGUGCGAACGAUACAAGGAGACUAGCUGUUACACCUUCCCUCUCCGGAUCAACCUCAAGCCUUUUUGUGAACAGAGUGACCUAGAUGACUCGGAGUAUGAGUAUGACCUCUUCUCGGUCAUCAUACACAAGGGCGGCUGCCACGGAGGACACUACCACGUGUACGUUAAAGACGUGGACCAUCUGGGGAGCUGGCAGGGCCAGAAGGAAAAAAGUAAACCAGGUGUGAAUUUGGAAGAUCAUCAGAAUGAAGAAGCAAUGGAUGACCCGCUGAGGACUCUAAAAGCAAUCUUGUCCCAGGAGGAGAGUAAUCUAAUUCCUGUUGAUCAGCUUGGCCAGAAACUUUUGAAAAAGAUAGGAAUAUCUUGGAACAAGAAGUACAGAAAACAGUAUGGACCACUGCGAAAGUUCUUACAGCUUCAUUCUCAGGUGUUCCUGCUCAGUUCAGAUGAAAGCACAGUUGGUCUGUUGAAGAACUGUUCCCUGGAGGCGGAGCCAGACUCCCAAAGAAAGGACCAGCCCGCUUUCCAGACACUCACCUCAGACUCCGCUGGGUUAAAUGGUAGAGCCUCUUGUCCGCACUGGUUUGAUAUAAAUGAUUGCAAGGUCCAGCCCAUUGAGGAAAAGGAUAUCAAACAGCAGUUUCAGGGCAAGGAGAGUGCCUACAUGCUGUUUUAUCGGAAGUCCCAGCUGCAGAGACCUGCUGAAGCUCGCGCUAAUCCCCGGCACAAGGUUCCGCGUCAUUUACUGGAUGAGAUGGAUGCGGCCAACACGGAACUUCAGGCAAGAAGGGCAGAAUAUGAUUCUACAAACAAUAAUAUCGAAUUGCAUCUCCACCUGGGCCCUCACUACCACUUCUUCAAUGGGGCCCUGCACCCCGUAGUCUCUGAAACAGAAAGCGUGUGGGAUUUAACCUUUGAUCAAAGGAAGACUUUAGGAGAUCUGCGACAAUCCAUAUUUCAGCUGUUAGAGUCUUGGGAAGGAGACGUGGUUCUCAGUGUGGCAAAGCUCCUGCCAGCGGGCCUUCACGUCUACCAGACACUCGAUGGAGACGGCCUGACUCUGUGCGAACUGGACGUCGCCGACGAGGAAGACGUCUUUGUGUGGGACGGAGUGGAGGUUGGUGGAGUCCAGAUUCCAACUGGCAGUGACUGUGAACCUGUGCUCUUAAACGUUCUGCGUCUGGCAACAGGCAGCGAAGGGUGUCCCCGGUUGACGGAGUCCCUGCGGGUCUUCCCGGCUAACGCGGAAGUGGGCAGCGUGCUCACAGCCGUAGGGGUCCCAGCCGGCGUCGUCCUCGUCCACGAGCCUGGGUCUGCGGGCGGCAGGCGCUGGGCCGCCAUCCCCGAGGAGGGCCUGGCCAAGACGUUCCGGGAGCAGGGCCUCGGAAACGGGAGCUCCGUUUUGAUUCAGGAUUCCAGGAAUGAGAAUAACAGUUUGUUGACCAAACAAGGGAAGUGGAUCACUAGUGUAAAUGAGGUCGACUGGGUCCAAGUUAAAAAUUUAUGUCAGUCAGAAUCGGAAGAGGAGCACAUUACAAUACCAGCAACUGUUAACACAGUGGUGUUUGAUAUUCGAAUUAAAGCCAUAAAGGAAUUAAAAUUAAUGAAGGAACUAGCCGACAGCAGCUGUCUGAGGCCUGUUGACAGAAACGGGAAGCUCCUUUGUCCAGUGCCAGACAGUUACACUUUGAAGGAAGCAGAGCUGAAGACGGGGAGCUCCCUGGGGCUCUGUCCUGGGAAAGCACCGACCUCCUCUCAGCUGUUCCUGUUCUUUGCUGUGGGCAGCGGCGCUCAGCCUGGGACAGAGAUGGAGGUCAUCGUGGAGGAGACGAUAUCCGUGAGAGACUGUUUAAAGAUAAUGCUGGAGAAAUUUGGCCUACCAGGGGACACGUGGCAUUUACGAAAAGUGGAUUGGUGCUAUGAAGCUGGGGAGCCUUUGUACGAGGAGGAGGCAACACUGAGAGAGCUCAUGAUACGUUCUGGAGACACUUUGCUUGUGGUUGAAGGAAGACUUCUUCCUCCGGGUUUCCUGAAGGUGCCCGUGUGGUGGUACCAGCCUCGGGGGCCCGCGGCUCAGGGGACGAGCCUCCAGGACCAGACGACCGGUACCCCUUCUGCAGGUGGGCUCUGGAGAGCUGCUUCCGCCCCAGGUGCUCCUGGUGACGCGCACGAGGACACUUGCCUCCGCUACCUGGGGGACCUGGAAAUCUCAGAAGACGCCACUCUGGCGGAGCUCAAGUCUCAGGCCCUGACCCUGCCCUCACUGUCGGAGCUCUGCGUCCCGUCCCCGGCCUUCCUCAGGGCCUGGACGGUGGACGGCCGCCGCCCCGGCCGGCUCCUGCGGGACAGCCGGCAGCAGCUCAGGGAGCACAAGCUGGGGAGGAGGGCCGCGGUCUGCCUGGAGCCCCUGCAGGAGGAGGAGCUCUUGGGCCCCCGGGACGUGCUGCUGAGGACGAGGCUGCGGCUCCCGGGCGAGCGGGCGUACGCCCCGCCCGUGGACAUGGUGUGGGACGCCGCCCGGGGCACGGCCAGCUCCUUGCGGCAGCGCGUGGCCGAGUUCUACUCGCUCCCCGUGGAGAAGGUCGAAAUCGCCAAAUACUUUCCGGACAAGUUUGAGUGGCUUCCAGUCUCCAGCUGGAACCAGCAAACGACCAAGAGGAAAAAGAAGAAAAAGCAAGAUAAUUUGCUGGGGGCACCCUACUACCUGAAGGAUGGGGACACCGUCGGGGUCAAGAAUCUCCUGGUUGAAGAUGACGACGACUUCGGAACCGCCAGAGACGACGCUGGAAGAGGGAACCGGACGCAGCAGCUCGCUCUGGGGACAGGGGCGAGGAAGCCCUUCGUGUGCGGAGUGGCGACGUUUUCUCCAGCGCAGAGACGCCCGGCCAGCCCCACAGACCGGAAGCUUCUCUCUCCAUCCGCGUCGGGAGUUUCAGAUAGCACCGGCCCCACAGAUGCGCCACGGGCACCGCACCCAGUCAGAGCUGGCACCGGAGCCGCGGCGCCCCAGCCGGCCGGCAGGGGGCGCAGGGCGGAGCCCCCGCUCGUCGGCUCCGCCAGCGCACAGACGCCAAGUGACAACUGCGUCGUCACCGUCCCAGGGACGGCCUCAGGCCAGGCAAGCUCACUUUAUCCCUGCGCUACACAGCACAUCCGCCCGUGGGGGGCUCCCGCAGACCGAGGCGUGUCGCAGGGGCCGGUCAGAUGCUGUCCCCACACCACACUUGACCCCAGCCGCCACUGCUGUGAGCACAGGCCCGAGUCCGGCACCAGCCGCAGGCAGCCUGGAUGACACGGCGCGUGCUGACCUCCGUGCAGUCUGCGCUGCGGUGCGCACGGCCCGGCUCAGCUGUGUCCUGGUGUCCUGGCCCCCACACAGCGCACGGCGCCCCCAAGGCCUGUGGUCAGAACGCUCCCGCAGCCGCCGUGGGAAGCCCAGCCGGGAGGCAGCCCAGGACCCACAGGGCGUGGGCGCUGAGCUGCCAGCCCUGAGAAGCUGUGAUUAAAACAGAAAAGGGAGAUGUAAACAA